CCUCGAUUCAGUUUUAGCCUGAGUUUAGCCCAAGUUAAAGUUUAUCCUUCGGCUCGACAUCUUCGACUAUAUCUACGUAAAUCCUGGAAUGUUGCUACUUUAGCAUCCCGUUACAAUGCUCACAACUCUUUUUGUUGCUGGUCUUGGCCCUACUACGCGGGCUCGGGAGCUAGGAGAGGUUUUUGAAAGGUAUGGCCGCAUUUCACGAUGCGACAUUAUGCCCCCGAAGAAAGGACGCACUCAUAACAGUAACAAUCCAUACGCUUUCGUGGAAUUCUUAUCCAGUCGUGACGCGGACGAUGCUCUUAAAAGCUUGAAUCAUACCUAUGUUGAAGGAUAUUUAUUGAAGAUCGCUUGGGCUGAACAUCCUCCGAAUCAAGAUGACCCUCAUGCUCCGCUAUCCUAUCCUUCUCAACACCGUAUAUCUAAUCGAUCAAGAAGCCGCAGUCCAUUUCCAAGUCGUCGAGACGUAUCCUCCGGAAUGACACGGAUAAUACCAAAUUUAUAUGAUUCUUCUUUCCUUGAACGCGAUCAGUACAAUAAUCAUCAUUCAAACAGAGAGAUCUCCGACAUAGCUUCUCGAAACAACGAUGCUCGAGCCCACUCGAAUUAUCAUGCAAUCGACACUAAACGCAGACAUCGGGACGAUGAGCGGUAUAAUCAUGGAUAUGAAAUUCGGAGUGAUCCGAAUCGUGGAAGGAAUGGGGAUCCACAUAAGAGGUUGGCUUCGAGUUGGGAUAGUAGACAUUACGAACCACAGCAACCACAAGAUAUAUUCCCAGAAAGACGGUCACGGAACUGGGACUCGGAAUCAGCACCGCAUCGUGAGCGAAGGAAGGAGGAUUCACGUUUUACGGACCAUCAACAUACCGAUCAUCGUCCUGUUCAUAAGGACGCAAGAACGUCGCGCUCUUGUACUCCGCCCUCGGCACGAACCUCCCGCGCCUCACGAUACGCGUCAACCCGUGCCGGAGAUGUUUCCUUUGCUCUUGCAGCUGAAAAAGUUGGCAGUGCAUCAAGAGAAAUAACCGAAAAAUGUAGCUGGGAUCGGCCUUCGACAAAUUUGACCGAGGUUGGCACGAAUUUGCAUCAUUCGUCCCGCCAAGUACCUUAUCCCGACGAUGAAUCGACACAAAAAUUCACCCCUAUUCGUUCAUGGCGCUCAUCAUCUUACUCAAAUCGAAGGUCGCCCUCUCCCGUUACCCAAACACGAAUUCCAGCUGAUCAGACAGCGCAAUCCCCAACACCUCGGAACAUGCAGUUUACAGAACGUGUAGAUUACGCUCGAACUCCACCGGGUCCUCCUCCUCCCGUCGAAAUGGUUGAUGUUGAGGCAGAUAAUUAUGCGAAAACCCCGCCUAGAGAACCGUUUGAGAAUAUCGGCCAUGAGGCGGAGGCGGAGGUGCAUGAAAAACAGGAUCCGUGACGAAGCAAGCACCAAAAUGAAAAUGCGCCAAAGUUAUGAACAAAAUCUUGCAACGUACAUGACACAGAGUACUCAGUACUAGGGGGGCUAAGUGUUGGACUAAAUGUCAGCUGGUACAGGGAAAUGACGAAACUCCUUGACUUGUUCAAUCUUGUACGCUGCAAGCAUGCGGAUAUGAUACGUACAUAUAGUUGUAAUGUUUCCUUGUCGUUAUACUUACUUUCUUGCUGUUGUCGUAUCGCGCUGCGGCUUCGGAUGCCGAAGUUGACCAUACAUACAUGCAUGAAUUCGAACUCACCAUAUAUAUGUAU